CGCUCGAACACGGCAGGGCUACGACGGCCCGUCCGCUAAAGAUAUUACUGCACGAUUUUUAAUUGUUUCCUCACACCUCUCAGCAAGCUCUAUUGAUGGACAUAUAACCGUGCAACUGUUGUUUAGUAUACGGAUACUACGAGUGUGGUACUAGUGCUUAUUGAUCUACAUCGACUUGGAUUUUUUUCGUCGUUCAGCUGUUUUUGUGUAAUUAGUGACUAGUGUUUUAGUGACUCAGGUGUUUUGAGGAUUUACAAAUUUUGCCAUCACAGGAAUGCUUACAGUAGGCAAGAUGGAAACUACCAACCAAACUCAAACCUCGCAACAAAGUACCCGAGUCCAGACGCACACACAGGCAUCUUGCACUUACGAACGACAGCUCAGUUCGGCUACUUCUUAUUUUCGCAGCAAAAUAUUGCGCAGUUAUUGGAUUUUUGUGAUACGGUUCUUUAAACAAGAUGGUGAACAUGUAUAUAAAGAAAAGCAAUAGAGGUUCUUGGACUGAAGAAACGAUGCAGAUGGCGAGAAACGAAGCUAAAACUAUACCAAUAAGCUCGGCAUCAAAAAAAUAUGGUAUUCCAAUUGGAACUCUACAUCGUCAUAUUAAAAAAUGGGACUCUACCAAAAACCUAGGAUGGAUUAAACCUGGUUUUUCAAAAGAGCUGGAGCGGAAACUUUGUGAUCUUGCAAUGGAACGUGAUAUGCUUUUUUAUGGUUUAACAAAGCAAAGUCUACAACAAUUAGCUUAUCAGUUGGCGAAAGUAAAUAAUAUUCCGCAUCCUUUUACAUGUGAAAAAGCUGGAAAUUCAUGGCUUGAUGGUUUCAUGAAAAGACGUCCCCAAUUAACAUACAGCACACCAGAACCCACAGCUUUAGCUCGUUGUUCUGCUUUUAAUCGCACGCAAGUGUAUCGGUUCUAUGAACCUAUGAACCUGUGGAGCGUUAUAUCUCACCAUAACUUUUUGACACGACCCGAUGACAUCUAUAAUAUGGAUGAUACUACUGUCGAGACCAGUGCUUCCAAACCUCCAAGAGUUAUUUCUGUAAAAGGUAAAAAACAAGUAGGAGUUAUAGCAACAGCUGAAAAGGGACAACUUACCACAGUAAUAUGUGCUUGCAGCGCCACUGGUCGAUUCAUCCCACCUUGCUUUAUAUUUGGACAAAGCAAAAGAAUGAAU